AUGGUAUCCACGAGAAGUAGACCAGCCGAAGUACCCACCAGACCCCCUGUAGUGGAAGUGGGAGACGCCGGUCCCUCAUCCGACAUAUCUCGCAUCCUAGAGGCUCAAGCUAGGAUGCAGCAAGAGUUCGCAGAGUACAAGAAAAGGAAUGCAGACGAAAUGGAAGCACUUAGGCAAGAGAAUGCCCGACUCAAGAGGAGGAUUGAAGCAGGGAAGGCCAUGGAAGAGCCUGAGAUCGCCCCCUGCAGGGCAGACCUCCCACCUGUCACAGAAGAGGAAAGCGAAUACAAACCCACGGGUCACACUACCGGGGGUAACUACAACCCUUUCGCUUCUAGAAGAAACCGUAGGCACCCGUUCGUCGACGGGAUCGUAGAAACACCACUCCCUCAAAAGUGGAAGGCUCCAACUGUGACCUACGACGGUACCACUGACCCGGAUGAAUUCAUAUCCAUUUACACCAACCAAGUCGCCCUUUACUCGACUGACGACGCCGUGAUGUGCAAGUCCUUCUCUGUUGCGCUCAGAGGAUCGGCAUUGGAGUGGUUCAUGAGUCUACAGCCCUACACCAUAGAUUCCUUCAGCACCCUUACCACCUCUUUCACCACCCAGUUCGACACCAGCCGUCGACACGACCUCACAUCCCUGUCACUCCUGAACCUAAGACAAGAAGAAGGAGAGUCCCUUCGCACCUUCAUUGACAGGUUCGGCGUAAUCGCCAUGAAGAUCAAGGACCUCACCCCGAACCUGAUAUUACACUAUAUGGUGAUGGCACUAAAACCAGGACCAUUUGCUGACGAACUGGCCAUGCGCCCGCCUCUAGGAAUGCAAGAACUUCGAAAAAGAGCGUCAAUGUUCAUCAGAGUCGAGGAGAUGCGACAUUACCAAGACAGGGUCCGGAACACCCCAACCCACCCGGAGGUUAAAAGGGGCGGUAGAGAGCCUGGAGGUCGGGACCAAAACCGCCCUCGAGACAGAAAACAAGCCAGAUUCUCCAACUACGCCCCCCUUAAUGCCCCCAAAUCCCGUAUCCUUGACGAAGUAUUGCAAGCUGAACUCAUCGCUCCACCUAAGAGAUUCCAAAACCCGCCAAACGCCGACCUAAGCAAAUACUGCCACUACCACCGCAACAACGGACACACCACUGAGGAGUGUGAGACGCUUCGGGAUAAGAUAGAAGAACUUGUACGGGCCGGACACUUACGGCACUAUGUCAGAAACAUAACUGAAGGAAAUCCCAGGACCCAACCCGAGAGAUGCCCACAAAGGAACAUUCCACGAAGGGAGGAUGCGAGAAACGAACCCAAAGAAUCCAGACAAGAACCUAGGAGAGGCACAAACUCUGAACGAAGGAGGGAGGAACCACCUCGAGGGGAAAGGAAAAAGCAUCUGAGGGCAGUCCGGUCUGUCCACGCCAUCUGCAAGGGACCCAGAAGAAGAAUGCCACCAAUCACUUUCAGCGACUCGGACUUCCAAGGAGUCGACCCCAACCAAGAUGACCCUGUGGUCAUAACCAUAGAACUUGAAAACUUCGCCGUGAAAAAGGUGCUAAUCGACCAAGGAAGCUCAGUAGAUAUCAUAUAUUGGAAAACUUUCCAACAGCUCCAGAUCCCCGCAGAAGAACUGAUCCCAUACGACGAACCCAUAUACGGAUUCUCUGGCGAAAGGGUGCCAACCCGAGGGUAUGUGGACCUUCACACCACCUUCGGAGAAGGGAGACAAACUAGAACGAUCCAAGUUCGAUACCUCAUAGUGGAUGCCCACACUUCAUACAACAUGCUACUAGGACGACCCUCCCUCAACUCAUUGGGAGCCGUGGUCUCUACGCCGCACCUCGCCCUAAAGUUCCCCUCAGCCUCUGGAGACAUCAUAACCGUCCACGGCGAUCAAAAAGCAGCCAGAGAAUGUUAUAUGGCCAGUUUGAAGCUCCCAUACCCCCCCCUCACCACCAACAACGUCGAGAAAACACAAACCGCGAUCGCCAUCCAAGCAGAAGAUCUCGACCCCCGGCUUAACAAUGAAGCAAAAUCGAGCCAGUAG